ACUUAGCAUUGUAAAAACAGAUGUAACUUGUAUAUAGAACAAUUUUGUUUACCACUCGGUACACAAAUCAACCGUGGCGCAUCUUUUAGCAUUUGUUAUUUGUUCUUCAGGAUAAUUCUAAUUUUUGUUAUAUUACCCUACAAGUAAAUCAAGAUUAAAAGAAAAGUGUUUUUUAUCAGUUCCUGGCAAGUAUUAUUAAAUUAAUUGGUUUUGCGCUUAAAAGGAAUAAUCACGAUGACUGCGCAAAUCGAUGAUAAUAUUUAUGAUGGGUACAAUGAUUAUCCAUCAAUGUACAGCAUUAAGGAUCUUGAACAGGAUGAAUUUUUUCAUGAGACUCUCAAUACAGGUUAUGGAAGAAGAUUGAUUUUUACACCAAAGGUACCUGGGACUGCCAUGCGUUUAGGUACAUCAAGUGGAUUUCAUAGAACUGGUACUGGUAUAUCUGUACGUCCAACUACUAGUGGACUUCGGCCAAUGACUGCAGUUAGAGGUGCUGGUUACACCAGUAACACUCGUCAAAAUUUUGAUCCACUUAAUAUGGGUAAUGCUGUUAAGGGGCCUGCAUCACCCUUAGAAACUGGGAAAGAAGACACGCCAGUAGAGAAGAUAAAAGUAGCUGAAAGAAAAAUAAUGGAGUUAAUAGAGAGUUCAGUAGAAGCAGCAUAUGAAAACAAUAUGAGAGUUGCUCUAGAGAGAGCAAGAGAAGCAUCUUCAAGAGAAAGGGCUCUUAUUAGACUACAAGAGCAGGCUGGACUCAGUGAUAAUCACAAUGUAGAUUUAACAUUUGCUGUCAUUUUUAACUUAGCAACCCAAUACACCAACAAUAAUAUGUUUACAGAAGCUAUAGCAACGUAUCAAGCUAUAACAAGGAACAGAAUGUUUAGUAACAGUGCUAGAUUGAAAGUGAAUAUGGGAAAUAUAUAUGUUAAAAUGGGACAAUUGUCUCAGGCAAUUAAAAUGUAUAGAAUGGCAUUUGAUCAAGCACCAGCAGCUCAUAAAGAUUUAAGAAUAAAAAUAAUGCAUAACAUAGGAAUGUUAUUUGUACAAAUGGGUCGUUUGGAAGAAGCAGCUAAUAGUUUUGAAUGGGUCAUGAAAGAAAGAGCUGAAUUUAAAGCAGGGUUGCAUGCUGUUUUAUGCCAUUUUGCGUUAUCUCAUAGAGAUAAAAUGAAAAGAGCAUUUUUAGAAUUAUUAGAAGUUCAACUUAACGUAGAUCAGGAGGACAGAUAUAACAUAAGUACUGAUGAUGUUGCUUCUAAUAUAUUGAAUGAAAUUUUAAAAAAUGACGAUUUAUCUAAGCUGGAGAAAGAACUGAAAUUGGAAGCUGAGAAAACUAUACUUUGUGCUGCAAAACUCAUAGCACCUACUAUUGAAGAUACACUUACAGCCGGAUUUGCUUGGUGCGUUGAUACUAUAAAAUCGUCAGCUUAUGGACCACUAGCUGCUGAUUUAGAAAUAAGUAAAGCCAUGGUAUUUCUACUUAAUCGAGAAACUCAGCUAGCUAUAGAUACUCUGAAAAUGUUUGAAAAUCGAGAAAGUAAAGCUAAUAGUGCAGCUGCGACUAUGCUUUCUUUCAUUUAUUUUCUUCAAGGAGAUUAUGACCAAGCAGAAAAAUGUGGAGAAAUUGCUCGAAAUACGGAUACUUACAAUGCAGCAGCGUAUGUUAAUUUAUCUGCUUGUGCAGUGAGAAAAGGCGAUCUACAUAUUGCUAGAGAGCUUCUCUUUUGCGCAUUAGAUACGGAUGCUAGUCAUGUGCAGGCACUUUAUAAUCUAGGUUUAGUAUAUAAAAAACAAAAUAUGUAUGAAGAAGCACUGGAAUGUUUUUGGAAAGUUCGUAAUAUUGUUAGACACGAUCCACAGACACUAUAUCAAAUUGGUCAUUUGUAUCAACUUAUGAGUGACACUGAUCAAGCCACAGAAUGGUAUAAUCAGUUGCUUGGCAUAAUACCAUCUGACCCCGGAGUUCUACAAAAAGUAGGUGAACUGUAUGAUAAUGCUGGAGAUAAACAACAAGCGUAUCAGUUUUAUAGUGAUUCUUACAGAUUUUUCCCCGCAAACUUUGAAGUAAUUGAUUGGCUUGGAUCAUAUUUUGUAUCAAUGCAGGUUGCUGAAAAGGCAUUAAUUUAUUUCAAAAAAGCAGUAGAACUUGCUCCCGACGAUCCAAGAUGGCGAUUACUCGUUGCUGCAUGUUUAAGGCGAACUGGCCAAUUCCAUAAAGCUUUAUCGGAGUAUCAAGAUAUUCAUGAAAAGUUUCCUGAAAAUGUUGAAUGUCUUAAAUUCUUAGUUCGUUUAUGCAGUGACCUUGGUUUGAAGGAGGCACAACUAUAUGCAACGGAAUUAAAACGGGUCGAAAAAGCAAGAGAACUGAAAGAUAGACAAGGAUCAGCGAGACCAGGAUCAAGGAUGAGUAACAGCGGAGCAUCAUCGCGGACUGGUUCUGGAAUGAGUGUAUUAUCGGAUCACAGAUCAAGUCCCACCUUCGGCAGAAGAGAUGCUCAAAGUUUGAGCAGCGCUGGUGUUGCACGACCCAAUCGAACCUCUACAACUGAAAAUUACCCAGAAAUGACGUCCGAUGCAAACGAUCAACCAAGUACUCCAUACAUAGAUCCAAUAGGUCCUCUACCUACCCGUCCCAUGACGUCCGUUGGAAAAAGGGACGACGAUUUUGGCGAUGAAGAACUCGGCGAUGAUCUUUUACCACAGUGACGAGAACAUAAUGUUUAUUGCUUUUAUACUGCACUGCUAAUAGAAUAUGCGAGUCGCAUUGCGGUCGAUGUUUCUAAAACAUUAAACACAAAGUUGAACACGU